AUGGUGUCCGACGCGCUUGCCGAGAGGGUUGUGGAAGCCGUCCUGGCCCUGGAGCAAUCCUCCAGCUCUCCGGAUCAGGUGCGAGAGGCCUGUGAGCUGUGCGAUGUUUUCUUGCAGAAGCAGCCCUCUGCGGAGCUUGCAAGGAAGCUGGUCAGCGCCGAAGCUCCGCCAGUUCAACGACUGGGGUUCCAGCUGACGCUGACAUGGAUUCGAUCGAAGGUGGCAGAGAGCAAGAGGCCUUCCGGGCCGGAGUGGACAGCAGUGAAGGCCUGGCUACUGGAACUCUCGGCCUCAGAGAGCUGGAGCCAUCCUAGUACCCCGAACUAUCUGCGACGAAAGUGUGGUGAGGUCCUGUCUUGCAUUGCAAGGUUGGACUGGCCAGGUGCCUGGCCGGAGCUCUCUCCGGCCUUGCUCACUUUGCUCAGAUCAGAAACGCUCGGAGUGGGCCCUGCUUUGGUGAGCUUAGGGGUGUGGUCACAGCUUGCUGAGUCCGUGGUGGAGGAUACGGACAUGACAGCACAGCGGCGUCGGGAAGUUGCCGCCGGCAUGACGGAUCUCUUCGAGAAGCCUCCAGGAGCCCCGGCCUUCGUGGAGGCCAUCCAGGCCACGUUGCAGCGCUUCGGAGGGGAGAGUCAGGUGGUUCGCGAAGUUCUCACGCUGUGCCGAGCCCUGCCCAGCGCAGUUCCGGUGAAGCUCCUGCUGCGGCAUCACUUUGACAAGAUUGUCCAGAUUGGCUUCCAGUCUACCGGUUGCAAGGAGCUCGCAGUGACGGUUCUGGCCUCGUGGGCAGAACAGCUGGGAUCCCAGAAGCCAUCCGGCAAGGGCUCCAAAGGCAAAGGUGAGUCCACGUCGCCAGCCACGCACGACAUCUGUCGAUUAACGGCACUGAUCGCCAGACUCGUCGAAGAAUGCAAGUUCGACAUUGAGAGGCCGCAAAGCUACGGCUACCACCAGCAAGUUGGCCGCGUGCUUGCUGACUUAUGCAGCUUCAAUGCUGCGGGCUUCUGUGAAGUCUUGCCACCUGCCGAGAUGGGCACUCUUUGGGCAGCACUGCUCUUCCUCCUGCGCUACCCCUCUGCAGCUCUUCAUAUCGAUGCAAUGACAAGCAUGGUCUCCCUGGCCCGGCAUGCGCCCAAGAUCUCCGGCUCAGGGCCUUCCCGACCUCUGCUGGAAACCCUGGUGGGUGCCCUACACGUGGCUGCCCUCAAGGCAGACUUCGCUGAAUCGGCAAACGGGGUCCCCGCCUCUUCGGAGCGGAGUGCCUGGCUGCUCCGUUGCUUGGGCCCCGCUUCGAGCCAGAGGAGCCCUUCCACCAUUGCAGAGUGGUCCGCUUGGAUGGCAGUGUCGGCGAGCUUCGACGAGGUCGAGACGACCUCGUCUGGCGAGGCAACGAAGGCUCACAAGGUCGGAAUGGUUCGUACACUUUGCCGAGAGUUGCUCGCCGAGCUUUGCCGACCGGGGGCUACGACGAGCAACGAAGGGGAAGGCUUCGAGGCCCUGUGCCGCUUUGCAGGGGCUUUGGUCGCAAGGGCUUUGGCAGGCGAUCCGGCCUCGAGCUGGACUGAAGAAUAUGACAGUGCCCUGGUCCUGGUGGAAGCUGCGGCUCUGGAGGCUCUCAAGUACGCUGAAAAGAACUCCAUCGAUCCGGGAGCGAUCUCCAAGCCGAUGUUAUCCUUCCUGCAACAGGUUUGCAUUGAAGCGCCUAGCUUCAACCCUUCCAUCGAGCAUCGCAGGCUCGAGUUUCUGUCAUCCUGCAGCCCUUUCUUCAAGCACUGGAGCGAGGAGGUGCUGCGAGAUGCUCUGACACGAGUCCUGGCGCCCAUCCGAUCACCCCACCCCGAGGCUCACAAAGCACAGCAGAAGGGAAUAAAGCUGGAGCAGAGGGCUUUGAGCACUUUCGUGGCCGUCUGCAAGUCGGGCGUCCUCCGUGCCAACCAGCUGGAGGCGCUCAACCAGGAGUGCAUGCAGCUUGCCGGCACCGUCUCCUCAGCACACGCCCGCGGCCAGCUGAUUGAGGCUUUAGCGCUGGCUCUUGCCUCCUGUCCGGACCUG